CCGUGUUAUUGUUCCCACCGUGCGCAGACCUCGCGUGAAGCACGCUGACUGACAUCCCGUUCGUCAAAGUGUCGUUUCUCCUGGUUUGUCACACUUGUAUUCCCUCCAGCAUGAAUCUGACACAGGAGCUGGAGCUCUUCCCCGACCACACAGUCACGCAAAUGCUUUUCAAAGAGGUGAAAAAUGCCGCAGAGCUGAGGCAAAGCGCCGUGGACGGUAGAAUCAACGGUGCUCUGAUCAACCCCACCAUGCUGGUGAAUCCUUUCCAAGUGCUUGUAGCUGCCAACAAAGCGGUUCACCUCCAGUUAAUUGGGAAAAUGAAGACAAGGAGUCUGAACUCAGAGAUUAUCUUCAACCUGUCACCCACUAAUAAUAUUUCAGAGGCCUUUAAAAGGUUUGGGACCUCGGACGGAGAUGAAUCUGUAAUGUUGGUCGUGGUUCACUGCAAAAACGAGUCGCAGCUUCUGGAGGACAUCGCCGCCCAGGUGGACGGACGACAGGUGCCGGUAGAAGACGUGUCCUGGCUGUCGGACCUUGCAAAGAUCAGAAAGCUGUUUAAAGUCGCUCCCCAGGAGGAGACGUGUGGGACUCUACUGGAUGCAGUUGUUUGCAGAAUGGCCAUCAAGGACGUAAUGUAGCUAUAAUGAGAAAUGCCACAACUUUUCUUACUGAACACUUGUCUCAUUUUUCCCAUAUGCAAUGUUAAGAUGGACUUUUACCUAUACUGCUAUUUCCCUUCAUUGUGCCUGGUCUGCCAACAUUGUCCUUCCUGCAAUCAGUUCAAACUCAAAUCAAUAUCGGGUAAGGAAAUUUUCAUCCUCCCAGCUCAGCUAAAUAAAUCUUUUUUUUUUA